CGUUAUGUGCAAAUCCGUUCAAUAUUGAAGGAUUCCUUUUAGACUCACAGACUCAACUCAACUGAAGUUGGGCAGUCUCCGAAAUGUUAUCAUCUCAAUUAGGACACUCAUUGAACCCACUAGUUAGCGUGAAAAGCGGCUCUACUGUGGUUCCGCGCUGCCAUGGAGCGUUUGUAAGAGUGCAACUUGGUGCGCUGCCGCGGCCUCAGCUGCACACAGCGCCUCCCUGCCCGAGGCGCGGCGCGCUCCUGGUGGUGGCCGCGAAGAAGGGCGGGGCAGAUGACGACGACGAUGAUGAUGAGGACGGCGAGGCGGUCUCCCCCGGCAAGCCCAUGCGUGUGGAGCGGCUGCUGGCCAACCUGGGGUACGGCAAGCGGCGCGAGUGCCAGCAGAUGGUGAAGAAGGGGCACGUGAUGCGCAAGGACGGAGGCAAGCUCAAGGUGGGCGACAAGGUGGCCUGGUCGGAUCUGGAGCUGGAGGGCGGCGAGGAGCUGGACCCGCCCGGGCCGCUGCUGCUGGCCAUCAACAAACCCACCGGCUACGUGGUCACGGCGCCCGACGACGAAAAGGUCUCUGACCCGGUUGUGUACGACCUGUUGCCGUACAGGUUCGGGCGGCGGCGGCCGUUCCUGUCUUGUGUGGGGCGGCUGGACAAGGACACGAGCGGGCUGCUGCUGCUCACGGACGACGGCACUCUGCUGCACCGCAUCAACUCGCCCAAGCGCGGCAUCUGGAAGGUGUAUGAGGCGACCCUGGCUGACCCGCUGAGCCCCAAGGCGGCGGAGGCGGCGGCCAAGAAGUUCGCCAGCGGCACCCUCACGCUGGAGGGCGACUUCUCGCCGCUGCUGCCCGCCCGGUUGGAGCGCACCGGGGAGCGCAGCGCGCGCGUGGCCAUCUGCGAGGGCCGCUACCACCAGGUGCGGCGCAUGUUCGCGGCGGUCGGCAACAAGGUGGUGGGCCUGCGCCGCGUGUCGGUGGGCGGCCUGGCGCUGGGCGACCUGCCCGAGGCCGAGUGGCGCUUCCUCACACCCCAGGACCUGGAGGCCGUGUUUGGGGGCCCCUCCACAGAGGACAUCUUCAGUGGUGCUGGCGCUGCGGGUGGCGGUAGCAGCGGCAGCAGCAGCAGUGGAGGGGUGGUGGAGCGGGACGGCGGCGCGGCGGCGAGCACGAGCGGGCGAGGCGGCGCGGGCGCGGGAGCAGCCGCCAGGCGGGCGGAGGUGGAGGACGACGAGGAGGAGGAGCAGGAGGCGGGGGAGCGGCUUACGAAGAAGGAGAAGAAGAAGGGGCGGAAGGAGGACGUGCGCGCGGCGAAGCGGGCGGCCCGGUCUGGGCCAGCUGCCCAGGGCGAGGGCGAGGAGACGGAAGAGGAGGACCUGGAUGGUGUGGCUGACGUGGAGCUGUUGGAGUUUGGCGAGGAUGAGGAAGAUGAGCUGGAGGCGGCGGCGGCGGCGCGGCGGGCGGCGGCGGCGGGCGGGCGGCGGCCGCGCAAGCCGCGGCGCGCGACGGUGCGGCAGGGCGUGGUGAUCGAUGGCAAGGGGCAGGGCGUGGAGGAGGAGGGGCUGGGGCUGGAGGCGGCGUAUGAGGGCGGGGCGGAGGAUGUGGUGCUGUCGUCGGGGGCGGGCGGCGGCGUGCGCAAGUACAAGGACGACGCGCGGUGGCGGCGGCGUCGGGACGCGCUCAAGGAGCUGCUGCCCAACAAGCAGUAGCAGGGUGGCAGUGGCAGUGGCUACGAUGUUGGCUGUCGCAGGUGCAGUGUCGCAGGGGCGGCGGUGGCUGUAGCCAGAACCUGCGGCUGUGCAGCAAGGUGCGUUGCGCCGUAGCUGGUAGGCUGCUGUCCUGUCGCAGACGUGCGGACGGUGCGGUGUUCCACCCUUGAUAGCGCAAUUUGCGCGACUGAGCAAGCCCCGCGCGGCGUCAAGUGGCGUUGGCCAGGGCGUCGAGGUGCGGCACAUGAAGGAAAGUAUGUAACUGUGUCCAUUU